AUGACGGGCAAUGAUAGCCGCGACGACGCCUUCAAGAAGGGAAUGAUCUUCGCCACCGCCGGUCCGUCCGAAGAUAGAACAGGUUUUCACCUCGGCCAACACUCACCGUCACCGAACGCCACACCCCGGCAACCACGUCGCCCACACGGCCAUGGAGACCGGGCAGCACCAAGGCACGGGCUCUGCCCACGAGCACUGCGCUACCACCACCAGGGUCGCCGCCCCAGCAUCCAAGACCUCGACACCACCUCACCCGAGACCCGUCGCUCCCCAACGAAAGAGACGAGCGGAAAGGUCCCACCUUUCGCCCUCCUAGGCGACCCCCAGCGUCGAGACCCAAUAGGUCGGCCAAAACUGGCAUCCACCGACCCGUCCUGCAGCCCCGAGCGCGAGACGAGCUCGGUCCUGCUGCAUCGACAGGGGGACGAGGUCAGUCCUGCUGCACCGUGCGCGAGACAAGCUCGGUCCUGCUGCAUCGGGCGCGGGACGAGCUCGGUCCUGCAGCACCGGGGCACGAGACGAGCGGUGGACCGCAGCUGGGAGAGGACCAACCCAUUGAUGGGAGUAACGCCCGAGCGACGAGGAGAUGGGGUGAAGGCCGAAACGUCCCGACCGCAAACGAGCCGACGCUGGAGAAGCCGGCCGCUUUCGCGAACAGAUCCGUCGAGCUACCGUGGAGCCGCCACAACACCGGGAGGCCAUCACCGAGACCUUCCCACGCCGCCGCCCACGGCCGGAGCAGUGGCCACGCCCGGCCGCUGCCCAACCCGCGCCGCCUGCAGGAAAACUCGCAUCAGAUCCGGCCGGCACGCUCCCACCUGUACCAGCACCAGCGCGCCUCCGACCCCGACCGAGAGGAGAAGGAGGCCGAGCCAUGGCCGAAGAGAAGGGGUCCACCGGGACCCGCCCGCUGCAGCCCGUGAUCGGAGCUGGACCACCGCCGCCACCAGGCGAGUCGCCCCCGGAGCCCCGCCCGCCGCCAGGCAACAGAAGCAGGCGGCUCCUCAGCAUCGCCAGAGCAGCAGCCCGCCAAGGCAGAGCGCCCUCCGGCCCUCGCUGCCGCAGCCCGAGCCGGCCGACAAGGGGAUCUGGACCGAAGGAGCCGACCCCUCCAUCUCUGCCUCACCAGCCGUCCAUCCAUCCGCGCAGCCGCCGCCGCUCCACUGGCAGGCCGCGCCACCAGCACGGCCGCCCGGGUCGCCGCCGCGCCGCCCCGCGCGAGCGACGCGCCCCUGCCAAGCUGUGGCGUCUGCGCCGCGAGCAACAGGGGAGGGGGGCCAGAAGACCCCUCCGCCGCCGAUGCCAAUCGGGCUUCGCCCGGCGGUGCCCUCCGGCGGCGGCGAGGAGGAGAGGAGGUGA